AUGAAAGGAAGUAAAGAAUCGGAUAUUCGACAUAAUGCUCUUCACCGUCGUUUAUGCACACAAGGAUUCUGGUUUCUAAGUCUCAUGAUACUCCUACAUCAAGCACCCGAUUUGUUUUAUAUUUUGAAUAUCGAUACCGAAGGCAUUCGGAAUGUCCCAGGUUUCGGGAUCAAGACUAUUCGUACUAUGCUUCAAAUGGCUGCGUGGUUGGUUGUUGGGUUUAUGAGACGCGGGCCAAAGUUGGGAUAUGAGACACCUAAGUUAGGGACUGGCUUUGGACUCAGUAGAGAUCCUGUUCGGUCAGAGGGAAAGAGCCGAAAGCUUCUCAGAUCUACGAAUAUGAUACAAAAUAUUGGUAAUGAUGCAGUAGGAGAUGAAGGAUUCCGGAGCGAGGAAGAUGGAAAAAGUGAGGUAUUUGAUAGAGCUAAUUGUGGAAUGUUGGACUUUAUUUUCUUGACAUAUGUGAGUAGAACUUUCCCUCCUCCCUCUCACCUCUCCGCAGGAACUCUCUUCAAAUCCAUGAGAGUUACCUCCUUAGCACUUGGUGAUUUACCAUAUCUAGCACAACAACAACGACGCGCGGGUUUCAGAGCUACCGUAUACAAACAUGGGAAUGUCCGUUUGGACAAGGAAGGGAAUAUAGAAAAGAUAACAGGUUGGCAAGUUCUCAAAGCUCUUUAUAGGGGACAAACUUGGAAUAUGUUGAUAAAUGUCAUUCUUGAAGGUUUACCUCAAUUCUUCGGCUAUCUAGUCAUAUUCGCACAACAUGAAUUGAUACAAUCUUUCAUCCCAGGGGAAAGAGAUAAGACUUACGCUUAUGUACUCUGCGGUCUUUUAUUCGUUGGACAAUCGACUGAAGUUAUCAUUUCGGCUUUUGCUAGUGUAAGGGAACAUGUGUUCCUUCAUGUACCGAUAAGGAUGACACUUUCUUCUUUGUUGUUUCAGAAAAUCUUACGUUCUCACGAUGCAAGAUCUCUCGAGUCGACAGAAUCGUCUGACAAUGAUGAAUUGAAAACUCGGUCCAGGAGUCAAAUCUUGAAUUUGUUGACUAUUGAUAAUUGGACAUUAUCCACCUUACAGCAUUUGGUAUGGGGUUUACCCAAUAAUACAAUCAACUUACUGAUUGGAACCUACUUUUUAUACUCCAUGUUAGGCAUCAGCGCGUUGGUAGGUAUCGCCUGUAUACCUAUUUUUGCACCUUUACCUUACUUUGUCGGAAAACUCAUUUAUCGUUGUGAUAGAGCUUGGGCCAAAGCGAGAGAUGCGAGAACAAACGCGGUGAAGGAAUUUCUGAUGAGUGUCAAAGUGGUCAAGUUGAACGCAUUCGAGCCAUUCUACAAGAAACGAAUAACUGAUCUGAGAACUGAAGAAGUCAAGUGGCAGCGAUGGCGAUAUACCCUAGGAACUAUCUUUACGGCGAUCACUGAACAUACUCCUGGAGUGGCUUUGGUGGCUACUUUGGGUUUCCAUACUGUCGUUUUGGGAAGACCGUUGGAACCUGCCAGUGCAUUUGUUGCAAUGACCAUCUUUGGCCGCAUUAAAAGCAGCAUGUCAUGGCUUCCCAAUGCCUUACAACAAUGUUUCCAAGCUAAAGUAGCCUUGGACCGUGUGGCCAGUUAUCUCAAUCAACCUGAAGUUGAUGUGGAAGCAUGGAACACCUCGGCUGUACCCUCUGGGAUCGUGAUGGCUGAUGCAACUGUCGAGUGGCCAGGUGGUGAGGAAGGGAACAAAGAAGAGUUGAUGGAUGAUAAAUUCAAGUUGAGCAAUGUGACAUUGAGUGUCCCGGAAGGAAGGUUGACGAUUGUCUGUGGUCCUCUUGGGUCGGGGAAGAGCUUAUUGCUCCGCGCGCUUUUGGGUGAAGCAACCGUCACUUCUGGAAUCCUUCUCGCUCCUCGAACCCAUCCGGCGGCCACACCACUUAACGGUCCGGCCGUCCGGCGCGCAUGGACCUUGAGUACUUGGCUGGAUGAUUCUGUGUGUUACGCACCACAAGCGGCGUAUAUCCGUCAUGGGACUAUCAAGGACAACGUUUUGUUCGGACAACCUAUGUGGAAGGAAAGAUAUGAAAGGGCGUUAUGGGAAGCCGGAUUGAGUGGAGAUUUGAAAGGAUUCGAAGAGGGUGAUAGGACAGAAGUAGGCGAGAUGGGUGUGACUUUGAGCGGUGGUCAACGUGCUCGUAUCAAUCUGGCUCGUUGUCUAUAUUCCCGUUCUCGGACAGUGUAUCUCGACGAUAUCCUCUCCGCCGUCGAUGCUCAUACAGCAAAGUUCCUGGUUGCCAAUGCCUUUCAAGGUACUCUAUUCCGAUAUCGUACGGUCAUUCUGGUCACCCACCAUGUCGAGCUUUGUUUACCUGCUGCGGAAUAUGUCAUAGUCCUUGAAAAUGGUCGAGUGACUAGUGCUGGUCCUUCCCAGAAUGCGGACGCAGAAGCUUUGACUGCAUUAGCUUCUCCCAAGAGUCCUCUCCAUGAUGACGAUUCCGAAAACUCUGAAGAACCACACGAAAAUCAAGCCGAAUAUGAAGAUGGAGAAGAUCACAAAGGAAGACAAGUGUAUACGGUAGAACAUCAAGGUGUGGGUCGAGUGGCAAGCUCACAUUAUUGGCUCAUGCUACGUGCGGCAGGUGGAUGGUCAUAUUGGAUCACAUGGAUUUUACUUUUAUCUAUAGCCAAAGCAACACAUUUCAUCCAAUCAUAUAUCCUCGAAAGAUGGUGUGAAGAUCCUUCUCCCAAUCAUCAAAAUGGUUAUCUGCUUCUAUUGAUAUUGGCGUUAUCAUGUGGCAUGGUGAGUGGGACUGGAAGAUGGGUUUGGUUAUAUGGAGUGGGAAAUUAUGGGUUUUAUUCCAGAGGAAGUCAUUUGAUACAUAAAGAAUUAUUGGGGAAAGUUAUGGCUGCCAGUGUGGGAUGGUUUGAAGCUACACCGAGAGGGAGGUUGAUGAAUGUUUUCGGACAGGACAUUUACAAUUUAGAUGCGGUCAGUGCGGAUGCGUUUGGAACUUUAGAUAUCAUCUCAUCAAUCGGAGUUAUCCUCACUCGUACUCCUUUACUAGUGAUUUUUCUAGUCAUCUUCGGUAUUCCGCUGUACUAUCUUUCUGCCGUCUCACCUUUGAUGAGUUUAUAUAACGAUGCGAUAGAUGGGGUGGUGAUGAUUCGAGCGACUGGGUCUAGUGAGGUUAUGGCUGCUUCUAUGAUGGCACUUAUGAAUCGAGAGAGAGUGGCUAAUGUGGCCGAUUGGACAUCAACAGUUCAAACUCUUACUUCUGGUAUUGUCACCGCCACAGCUUUGCUUUUAGUUCAGAGAACCGACAUCACUCCUGCUCAAGCUGGUUUCAUCCUUUUGUUUGCCGUACGCAUGUCUGGAGUCUUAUUUCAUACUUUACAACAAUAUAGUGACUUGGAAAUGAACUUUGUACAUGCUGAAAGAGUGAAUUACUAUAUACAAAUGCCAGAACAAGAAACGUCUGAAGGCAUCAGUCCACCUCCAUCUUGGCCUCAGGACGGAAGGAUCAAAGUCCGGAACUUACACAUGAAGUAUGCGGAAGAUUUACCGGAUGUAUUACAUGAUAUUUCAUUUGAUAUCGAGCCUGGUGAACGGGUUGGGUUGGUAGGUUCGACAGGAUCAGGAAAAUCGACACUUGCCACCACUUUGUUCCGUACUACUCCGUACUCUGGAACUAUCACCAUCGAUGAUACGGUAGAUAUCUCAACCAUACCACUGAACGAUCUGCGUGGGAGGUUGAACAUGGUUGUACAAGAUGGUUCUUUGACCAGUGGAACUUUACGAGAAUCCCUUGAUGUCACAGGUCAACGUGAUGAUUGGGAAAUAUAUGAAGCCCUCAAAAGAGUUCAUCUCUCAUCUGAUGAUCCAGGAGAAGAAGAGAAACGGGAUAAUCCAUUUGCUAACCUAGAUACUUAUGUUGCUGUUGAAGGAGCCAAUUUCUCUCAAGGUCAGAGACAACUUUUAUGUUUAGCUAGAGCAUUGUUGAAACGUUCAAAAGUAUUGGUAAUGGAUGAAGCUACUUCUUCUGUCGAUCUCGAGAUGGAUGCUAAGAUUACUCGUACGAUAAAAGAAUGUUUUCAAGGUACUACAAUGUUGGUGAUUGCACAUCGUUUAGAGACUAUUAUACAUUAUGACAAGGUUAUUGUGUUGGACAAGGGAAAAGUGUUGGAAUAUGGUAAACCUUCCGAAUUGAUGAUGGAUCCAACAUCAUCGUUCCAUUCUCUCUGUCAUGCACAGGGAGAGGAAGAAUUUCAAAAGUUAGUUUCUAUGACAAUGAUAGAUUCAUAA